AUGCAAGUUCUGUUCGUGGCUAUGCUGGCCUGUGCUCGGGCUCAUCCUAUGCCUGAUGGAGUUCACCACCACCACAUGGUUUCAGGACAUCAGAACACGUCUCCUGCUUCCCCCGCCCCCGUGUAUGAGGUCCCGAAAUCGUAUCAGGCUCCAGUACCAACGUACGUUGCCCCUGUGCCGACAUACCAGCCUCCAGCGGCCUCCUACGAGGUUCCCAAGUCAACAUACCAAGCUCCUGUAUCUACGUACCAAGCCCCGAUUUCGACUUAUUCUGCCCCUAAGUCGACUUACCAGGCCCCAGUAUCCACAUACUCUGCCCCAGUGUCCACCUACGAGGCCCCCAAAUCAACGUACCAGGCUCCAGUACCCACGUAUGCGGCCCCAGUGUCAUCCUACUCGGCUCCCAAGUCGACGUACCAGGCCCCCGUGUCGACCUACGAGGCCCCAGUAGCCACGUACCAGGCCCCCGUGUCGACCUACUCGGCUCCCAAGUCGACGUACCAGGCCCCCGUGUCGACCUACGAGGCCCCAGUAGCCACGUACCAGGCGCCCGUGUCGACCUACUCGGCUCCUAAGUCGACGUACCAGGCUCCAGUAUCCACCUACUCUGCACCCGAGUCGACCUACUCGACCCCACUAACCUCUUCUGAAGCCCCCCUGGAAGGAUACAGCAACGCCGCCCCUGUUCAGAUCCAUUACGACUACUCUUUCAACGCUCAGGGCGGCUCUCCUAAGCCGGUCGAGGCUUCUGGCUACGUCCCAUCUCAGGAGUACAAACCACCCCAAGAUUCUUACCUGCCACCCACUGGAGGUUACGAAGUGAACCAGGGAGGAUAUGCCCCAUCCCAGGGUUACGCGGUCCCCGUCCACGUUUCCUUCGAUCAGACUGUAUUUGGAGGGGAGAACACGGAACAGGGAGAAGUUCCUCAGGAAGGAUAUGGAGCUGCUGGGUAUGCACCUGCUCAAGGUUACGCCCAACCCACUGAGGACUCUCCUGCGAAGUACCACUUCAAGUAUUCCGUGGAAGAUCACAUCGGCGGGGAUGUGAAAAGCCACGAGGAGACCCGAGAUGGCCAAUACGCUCAGGGCAAAUACACCGUCUUACAACCCGAUGGUCUGACCAGGUCAGUGAACUACCAUACGGACGAUUGGGGUUUCAAGGCAAAUGUCACCUACACAUAA